AUGUGGGGUGAUCUUUUAUCGCUUGCUGCGCUGUCUACUUUUAGUGAAAUGCCAGAAUCAAUCGUUAAGGAUCUAAGCAGCUUUAAGAACAUUUUAAGCCCUGGCGGCAUCAAGUAUAAUCUUGUAUUUGACUCAACCGAACCGCAUCGCAUUAACUUACCGUCACCGUGGCAAACUCAGUUGGACAGCUUCCAACGAAUUCUCUUUAUGCGCUGCAUUCGCUCAGAUAAGGUGACCAACGCGAUGCAGGACUUUGUUGCGCACCACCUUGGCCAGAGGUUCAUCGAGCCACAGACGGCCAACCUGAGCGUUGUCUUCAAAGAGAGUUCACCCACAACUCCUCUUAUAUUUGUUUUAUCACCAGGUACAGAUCCCGCCUUGGAGCUAUACAAAUUUGCAGAUGAGAUGCGAUUUGGAGGCAAAAAACUGUCUGCUAUUUCUCUCGGUCAGGGUCAGGGGCCACGCGCGGAAGAGCUGAUGAAGAUUGCAAUGGAACGCGGCAUCUGGGUCUUCUUCCAGAAUUGCCAUCUUGCACCCUCUUGGAUGCCAAGCCUAGAGCGAUUAGUUGAGCAGAUUGACAGAGACAAAGUAAAACUUCAUAAACCUCGUUUUCUUAGACAAUUGUUGGUAUUUUUGUUGCAUAGCUGA